CCAGCUGUUUGCGAAGAUUUCCUGUUUCUCCUCCAGCCCGGGCUCGAGAAGUUAGUGAGUCACACGCACGCAUACCCCCACACACGGCUCCUCACACACUCACACACACACACACACACACACAUACUUAGGCGCCGGGCGAGCCGAGCCCCAGCGGAACAGCCGAGCCCCCGGGCCAGCCUCCGGGGCCCCCAGCCCGGCCCGUGGCCCGGACGUCACAUCUGGCCUGCACAUCUGCCCGGGGGAAGGAGAGCCGGAGCCAGGGCGCGCCGGGGGCCGAGCGGGGAGAGCUGCGCAGCGGCGGCCGGGCCAGUCCGGUGGGCUCCCCCUCCUCCACCCCUUCCUCCUUCUCCUCUUCCUCGUCGCCCGCCCCGGCUGCUGCCCGGCUCCCGCUCUAUGCGGAGGCGGAGCGGGCUCGGCCAUGAGUCGGGCUCUCCCGCGGAGCCCGGGGCUGCUGCUCCUCUUCCUGUGGACGCGCAUCGCCAGCACCAUCCCUCCCCACGUCCAGAAGAUGGUUGAUGGAAAUCCGGUCACUGAGGAAAAUGGUGCAUUAAAGACCGCGCUCCUCUGCAAGUUCUGUGAUGUACAAGCAACCAACUGCACCAGCAAUGACAGGAACUGCUUAAGUUUCUGCGACAUCACUUCGAUCUGUGAACAAGCCCAUGAAAUCUGCGUGGCUGUGUGGAGGAAGAAUGAUAAAAAUGUAACCAUAGAAACUCUCUGCCAUGAUCCUAGCCUCAAAGUCCAUGGCUUUGCUCUGGAGGAUACUAAUUCUGACAAAUGCUUGAUGAAGGAAAAGAAGGUCCCUGGUGAGACCUUCUUCAUGUGUUCCUGCAGGAAGGAGGAAUGCAAUGAUAUCUUAUUCUUCUCAGAAGAAGUUUUUGACCACUCCGAGCUUUUGGCCAUCAUCUCCAAAGUGACCAUCAUCAGCCUCCUUCCGCCCGUGGGCAUCGCUAUCGCCGUGAUUGUCAUCUUCUACUGCUACCGGGUACACCGCAGGAGAAAGCUGAGUACCACCUGGGAGAGCAGCAAGUCGCGGAAGCUGGUAGAGUGCAGCGACCGCUGUGCCAUGAUGAUGGAUGACGACCGCUCGGACAUAAGCUCCACCUGCGCCAACAACCUCAAUCACAACACAGAGCUGCUGCCCAUCGAGCUGGACACCCUGGUGGGCAAGGGGCGCUUUGCUGAGGUCUACAAGGCCAAGCUGAAACAGAACACUUCCGAGCAGUUCGAGACGGUGGCGGUCAAGAUCUUUCCCUAUGAGGAAUAUGCCUCCUGGAAGACUGAAAAGGAGAUCUUCUCGGACAUCAACCUCAAGCAUGAGAACAUCCUUCAGUUCCUGACGGCGGAGGAGCGGAAGAUGGACUUGGGAAAGCAGUAUUGGCUCAUCACCGCCUUCCAUGCCAGGGGCAACCUGCAGGAGUACCUCACCAGGCACGUCAUCAGCUGGGAGGACCUGUGGAAGCUGGGCAGCUCCCUGUCCAGGGGCAUCGCCCAUCUCCAUAGCGACCACACUCCCUGCGGGAGACCAAAAACAGCCAUCGUUCACAGAGACCUGAAGAGCUCCAACAUCCUAGUGAAAAACGACCUGACCUGCUGCCUCUGUGACUUUGGGCUGUCCCUGAGAUUGGACCCGACCCUCUCUGUGGAUGACUUGGCCAACAGCGGGCAGGUUGGGACAGCAAGAUAUAUGGCUCCUGAGGUUUUGGAAUCCAGAAUGAACUUGGAAAAUAUGGAGUCCUUCAAGCAAACAGAUGUAUAUUCCAUGGCCCUGGUUCUCUGGGAAAUGACGUCUCGCUGCAAUGAGAUAGGAGAGGUCAAGGAAUAUGAGCCGCCAUUUGGUUCCAAAGUGAGAGAGCAUCCCUGCGUCGAGAGCAUGAAGGACAACGUGCUGAGAGACCGGGGUCGGCCUGAGAUCCCCAACACGUGGCUCAGCCACCGAGGUAUACAGAUGGUUUGUGAGACUUUGGCCGAGUGCUGGGACCACGAUCCAGAAGCACGGCUGACCGCCCAGUGCGUGGCCGAACGUUUUGAAGAACUGAGCGAUCUGGAUCGGCUGUCGGGGAGAAGCUGUUCAGAGGAGAAGAUCCCUGAGGACUGCUCCCUGAGCACCCCCAAGUAACCUCAGGCUCAGCUCGUGGUGAGGGCCAGGACGCUGCCCAUCCAUGCCGAGGGCAGGAAAACUCCAUCUGAUAAGUGCCUUGGUCUGGCUUCCUGUGAAACCGAGGGGGUCCCUGCACUCCCUUGAAGCCAGGGCUCCGGAGAGGAACUGGCUUUGGUGGGAACCAGCAGCAGGCGGGGAGUGGGUGACAUAAAGCAUUCUACGCCUUUGACAUUGUCAUAGGAUAAGCUGUGUUAGCACUUCCUCAGGAAAUGAGAUUUUUUUCCCCUUUCCUUACAAUAGCCAAUAACAAUUGCACUUUAUUAAUGCCUGUAUAUAACUACGGAAUAGCUAUGUUUUAUAUAUAUAUAUAUAUAAAUAUAUAUAUAUCUAUAUCUAUAGUUCUAUCUACAGCCGUACUCUGUAGAGACGUGGAAGCCAAGGAGAUUAUCUUUGUGUCAGAGGAAUGGGGAAUGGGAGGCCGCCCUCCAACAGCAUUAGCUCCUCUCCCCUCCCCUCAGAUAGAUAGAGGCAAAUAGCCACUAAGGAGUGAAUUGCGGCAUCCCACAUCCCUGCUUUUUCCCAUGUUCCCCAAGAAUGCCAAAGCUCACUCCUGGCCCAGACCAGCACUUCUUAACCUUUGUUCUUCUGUGCUCUUUGGGGGGUUCAGAUGAUUCUAGCUCGGAUUUCUGACCGAGUUCUCCUGGCCUCCGACUCUGGGAUUGGAGUCUCUUGCACCUAUCUCAUCAUUGGUCAAGAGCCUUUCAGAAUCUGUCACCUGCUGUGUUCGUAGGCUAAAGAGAAAUGUGGGGGGCAGCUCCCUAUGAAGCCCCACAAAAUCAACCAAAGCCAGACAGAUGUUUCCCAUUUGCCUUACUUUAUAUUAUGUGGUUGUGAUUUUCUUUAUGAAGAAAUUGUCAUGUAUUUAACUCCUGAGCCCUCUGCCACUACUUACUCUAAUUUCCCACCCCCCAAAAAAGAAACCAUUUGGCCAAAUCUCUGCUCCCUACCCCCACUGGAUGUGCACCCCGUGUCUUAAACUCUGUUGUUUUACCCUCUAUUCUUCUAUGCAAAAACCAAUGAAUUCCAUCUCUCCCCACCCCCUGAAUGCACUGGGACACUUUGGCAUUAUGGAAAGGAGAUGAUAGAUGAUAUUGUUGUAGGCCUGCUUCCCUACACUUUAUGGGAAAUGGAAGUCCUGUUCUUACCCUAAGCUUGCACCAUUGUUGCUCUGGUUACUCCUGACGAGUCCCUGGUUUCUUCCUCCGAUUUGGAGUGACAGGAGGUAUGAUCCAGUGGGAUUGAUUUCCUGGCUCCGCCAUCUCAUUUUGCCAUCUGAAUUGAAAGAGUUAUGCUAAAUGACUUUUAAGGUCCGUUUUCAAUCUAAAAUCUGUGCUUUCUCCCCCAUCCCAAAUCCCAUCCAAAAUCUAAAGAUGGACAAAAACUUAAGUCUCCAUUGGAAGGUAAAGAUGGGACCGGGACAUCUCCCAAUAUGUUUCUUUAAGGCUUUGUCUCCCAGAGGCCUUUGCUAUAAGCGUCAGUCAGCCUCCAAAGCAAGGGUUCCCAGGUCUUUCCAGAGUCAGCGGUAAAGCAUUAGGGAAUCUUUGUCAGCGACUUUAGAGGGCCUUGCUAGGUGGCCCAAAAGGAAUACUAUUUCUGUACUUUAAGAGCUUUAAAAAAAAACUCAGGCAAAGAAGCUUGACUAAAAAAAUUCUUUUCAGAGCUCCCUCUCUUAUCCUCUCUUCGAGUCAUGAAUGUCUUGAGAGAAGGGAACUGCAGACAAAGGGGCCGCUCAGAUUUUUUUUUUUUUUUUUUUUUUUUUUUUGGUAACAGAGUGGGCCACGUAAAGAGAAACUGAGAUAGAACACAGAAGGGGAAGGGCACUAGCCACCCCAGGAGACUGCAUUAGUUGGGGGGGGGAGGGGUGUGCAGGAACCUGAGUCUCUGCUGUCUGUCCUAAAAAAGCCAUUUUCAUGUCUAGUGCCUUUGGACAGCUGGGGCCCAUUGACCCCUAGUGGUUGGUGGGUAGAAUCCUCAGGUAUCAGCUCAUUGGACGUCUUCCCCCUGGCAAGUAAUCCACAUAAACUGGAAUGUAGUAUAAAGUUAUAGUGUGGCCUGUUUGUAUUUCCUCAUUCAAGGCAAAAGACUAAGGAAUAACAUCCUGUAAUUCCUGGAGAUGCCAACUUUUUGUUUUUGUUUUUUUCUGAAACUACUACACCUAAAGGGAAAUCUUUAUUCUUUUAAGGAACAUUUCAGCUGUACAUGACAUAUGAAAUAGGAAUGUGAAUUAUAUAUAUGCUUUUUUAUCAGAUGUUUCAAGCACUUAUUUCCACUCUACGCCGUUUUUUAAAAAAAAUAAAUCUAAUGUUUAAAUCAAAUAAAGCAAUAAUGCUCAGGAAAA